CUGUUUUCUGUCAAAAAUUUGAAAUUCGUUGCCUAACCUUAAAUUCUAACCUAUAAAAUCUUAUUACACAUAAAAUAUAACAUUAUCUGAGAGAAAUCAAUUUAAAAGUAACUGUGAGGCCGCUUUAUAUUUAUUGUUUUCUUUAUUUGAUGUAAAAUUAGCAAUGAUUCGGAAGAGAUUGGUGAAUUUAGCGCAGUUAAGUGCUGUAGGAGCGACGGGAUACUACAUAGGGCAGUAUACACAAAAGCCACAGGAAAUAAAUGAAAACAGGCUAGUGGUAGAUGGUAAAAUUAUAAAGAGCCUUCCUGGACUGCCGAUCUUUGGAACUGUAUCCGCUGCAACCCCUUUUACUGAAGGUGGAAACUCUAAGGAUAGAAUAUCACAAAUUAUGAAAUAUGGUUUUCCUAGUUUAGACAAUGUUCGUUCUUAUGAAGACUUUGUGUUAUCCUAUGACCGGCGGAAUAGAGUACCUAACUGGGUAUUUGAACAUUUAACUAAGGACCAUGUGGCUAAGAAUGACCAGGUAGAUAGAAGCAAAUGUGACUUUAAACCAGAUGAGAGUAUACAUCCGUUCUUCAGAUCUCAAAACAGUGACUACAAGGGGUCAGGGUUUGACCGAGGCCACAUGGCGGCGGCUGGUAACCACAGGCUCGCGCAGAAGCAUGUUGAACAGACAUUCUAUCUCACAAACAUGGCUCCUCAGGUAGGCGAAGGAUUCAACAGACAUGCCUGGAACAAACUAGAGAAGCACGUGCGGAAGCUGACCAGGGUCUACGACAAUGUAUACUGCUGUACAGGGCCACUUUACUUACCUAGGAAAGAAGUGGACGGCAAGUCUUACGUGAGGUACCAAGUGAUAGGCGCUAAUACAGUGGCGGUGCCGACGCACUUCUACAAGGUCGUGGUGGGGGAGACAGCGGACGGCACGCUCGACAUGGAGGCCUACGUCAUGCCGAACCAGAAGAUUCCUGACGAGACGCCCGUCACUUCCUUUAUGGUACCUCCAGAGACGAUAGAAAGAGCAGCAGGGCUACUCUUCUUCGAUAAACUACAACGGAAUAAACUGACAAGAAUUAAUGGCCGAAAAGUGUAAUAUCUAAUUUACUAAGGGCUGAUUUUACAAUAAAUAAAUUAUUUGUCAAUGGAAUAGCAAAAUUUUGUAAAAAAAAAUUAAAUUUGGAACAACAGGAAAAAAAUCAAAUAUGGAACACUUGAUUCCACGAAUUGGGUAGUUCCGUCAAAAGUAAAUAAAAUAAAGACAGAUCUAAAACCCCAGUCUAAAACUGCUGAAAAAAAAAACUUUUCUCUAUUUAAUUUUAUGAAUUUUAACCAGUGCACUGUGCUUUUUCACAAAAAAUCCAUAGUAAUUUCGUUUAGUAAAACGGAACUGCGGGCUUAGGACCGUACGCGCGCGACUCUUUCUCGCCUCGACGUACAUCACCCGUCACUCUCUCACAGUACUGCACAGAAAGAGACAGACGAUCGCUGUCGCGGCGAGAGUCGUGUGCUUACGGUGGUAAGUGGAUUUUACUACUUGGAAACUAGCUUUUUUCUAUCUGAUUAUUGGAAAAUCGGCCCUUAGAUUUAUAGUGCAAUUAGAAUAAUUAUUGAAAUCUUUAUGAGAAUUUGUAAAUAGACUUAAAUUAAUAGAUCUUUUUUACCUGUGAUUUUAUUAGCUCCCCCAUCGGACUUUGGGUUUCCUUCGAUUCAACUACUUUCUGUCCCGUACUACCUCUGGCCACUUCAAUACAAGAUCGGUUAGUCCUGCUGUACCUUUCUGUUAAGUUUAAGGAAAUGUGCAACUAUUUACGAACUAAAUAAAGUAGUGAUGUGCCGGAUCGUUAAAAAUGUAUAUCCGCGGAUACGGAACUGAAUACGGAUAUUUAGUGUAAAAAUCCGCGGAUACGGAUCUUUAUUUUCUUAUUCGAUAUUAUUCGAUUGGUGUCGGCGCCCGCGACCUUGAAACGAUAGUUGACGUCUUCGCUCGCCGCAACGUCAGGCAGGAUACGUUUUAACUUGCAUUGCGCGGAUAGUACUUUUGUUUUGGUUAUGGUAAAACAAUCUGAAUGGAAUUUUAUAGUUUUUUAUUUAAUAAUUCUACUUAAUCACCUGAAAAAGAUCCGCGUGAAAAGUAACGGACACGGAUACGAAUUUUUCUUUUAUCUCGGAUAUCCGCGGAUACGGAUAUUCGGAACAUCACUAAAAUAAUGUAAUGUAUGAGACCAAGAAAUGUAAUGAGGGACUUUCUAGGCUACGUUCCUCAAAAACAAUAUAGAUGGCGCUGUACAGAUUUUCUAUCCAUACAAAUAUAUACUUUAUUGUUA